AUGACCGGUCCCAGCCCUGCUGAGCGCAGCUCACUGUUGUCCGGCCCCAAAAAGAACAAAUGGCUCCUAGAGUCCGACUUCUCUGCUCUUCAAGCCUUUCUUGCUGUUGUCCGUCGUCGUUGCUGGGUUUUGCUCAUAAUGUUACUCUCGUCGUUCAUUUUCUUUGCUUGCCUGGCCUGGUCUUUGGCCGCUCCACAGCACAAGCGUCAGGCAAGCGGUCCAGUCAUUGGUACAAACUUUCAAGAUCCCUCGGUGGUCCAAUUGAGGGAUGGGAGCUAUAUUGCCUAUGCGGGAGUCAAUGGAAACCCUGCGGGGAUUAAUGUCUUGAUCGCAACUUCUCCAGAUUUUUCUAGCUGGACCGUUCAUUCAGGCUACGAUGCCUUACCGAAUCUCCCUUCGUGGGCAGCCUCGCCUCCGCACGUAUGGGCUCCAGACGUGACUCAGCUGGACAAUGGCAACUUCGUGCUAUACUACUCCGUAACCAUGGCUGAAUCUCCAGCGAAGCACUGUGUUGCGGCAGCAACAGCUCCAAAUCCAGAGGGACCCUUCACGCCCGUCCAGACGCCCCUGUUCUGUGAUCUAACGGCUGGCGGGGCCAUCGAUGCAGAUGGCUUCAACGACCCUGCAACCCACCGGCAAUAUGUCAUCUACAAAGUCGAUGGCAACUCGAUUGGCAACGGUGGCGCAUGUUCAAAUUCUGUCAACCCUAUCGCACCCACGCCUCUCAAUCUCCAAGAGGUCAAUCCUGACGAUGGGUAUUCUUUAAUUGGUGGCACAACCACUGUUUUACUUAAUGACCCAGAUGAUGGGCCCAACAUUGAAGCGCCUUCAUUGACUUAUGAUGCCUCUUCGCGGACCUAUAUUCUCCUGUACAGCUCCAAAUGCUUCACAACUGCCCCAUAUAACAUCAGAUACGCCACCAGCAACACUGUCUACGGUCCUUACACCAAGCAGGCAAAUCCAUUCCUGGCCACUGGAGGCACAUCUGCUAGCGUUUACAUCCCUGGAGGCGUAGACAUCACCAAGGACGGCAAACUGGCAGUUUUUCACGGUGAUGUGAACAUGGGCUGGUUUGCAGGCGACGGCACCCCGCGAGUGCGAGCGAUGUACGCCGUUGAGCUUUCCUUUGGAAACGGGGCUGUUAGUCCGGGUGCAUUAUACUGA